AUGGUGACACUGGGGUUUAUUCCAAUGACAUUCCUCAAAUGUCUAUUCUUGGCUUGCUAUCUUGCUUCUUCUUUGGGUCUUAAUUCCCCAAUCCAAUCCUGUGAUCGAAAUGAUCUCCAUGCACUGAGAGAGUUUGCAGGAAACCUUACAAAUGGGUCCAUUAUCACAGCAUGGGACAAGACUUCAAUUUGCUGCCAAUGGGAUGGUGUUGUCUGUGAGAAUGUGAACAAUGGGACAGUUGCUAGUAGAGUCACCCAGUUGAUUCUUCCCAGCAGGAGUCUCAAAGGGUCGAUUUCGCGCUCGUUGGGACAAUUGGAUCAGCUGAAGUUGCUUAAUCUUUCUCUGAAUCAUCUUGAAGGUGGAUUGCCUGCAGAGCUCUCAAUCUUGAAUCACCUGGAAGUUCUUGACUUGAGCAAUAACAUGCUGUCAGGACCAGUUUCAGGUGCGCUUUCUGGUUUGAAGUCUAUUAAAGUACUGAAUAUUUCAAGCAAUUCAAUCCAAGGAAAUUUGUCUGAGCUAGGAGGAUUCCCACAUCUUGUGGUGUUUAACAUAAGCAACAAUUCAUUCACUGGUCAGUUCAAUCCUCAAAUUUGUAGCUCUUCCAGGGAAGCUCAAAUUCUUGAUAUAUCUUGGAACCGUCUCACGGGCAGUCUUGAAGGCUUAGAAAAUUGCAGCAGGUCUCUCCAACAGUUGCACUUGGACUACAAUUCAUUUGCAGGCCAUCUACCUGAGUCUUUGUAUUCAUUUUCAGCUUUGGAGCAGCUUUCAGUCUCUGGGAACUCUCUUUCCGGCCCGAUAAGCAAGGAACUGAGUAAGCUCUCUGGCCUCAAGUCCUUAGUCAUUUUUGGAAACCAAUUCUUUGGUGAACUUCCAAAUGUGUUUGGGAACCUUAGACGACUAGAACUGUUAGUUGCACAUUCAAAUAUGUUAUCUGGGCCAUUGCCUUCAACCUUGGCACUCUGCUCAAAUCUUCGAGUUCUUGAUCUUCGAAACAAUUCUCUAUCAGGUUCUAUUGAUCUGAAUUUCACUGGUCUUCCUAAUCUCUGCACACUGGAUCUUGCUACUAAUCGUUUUUCUGGCUUCCUUCCAAAUUCACUGUCUUAUUGUCGUGAGUUAAAAACUUUAAGCCUUGCUAGGAAUAAAUUCAGGGGCUCAAUCCCUGAAGAUUUUUCAAAACUCACAUCCCUUUUCUUUCUCUCAUUGUCAAAUAACAGUUUUGUGAACUUAUCUGGGGCACUCUCUGUGCUACAGCAGUGCAAAAAUCUCACGACUCUUAUUCUUACAAAAAAUUUCCUUGGUGAGGAGAUUCCAAAAAAUGCAAGUGGGUUUGAAAGCUUAAUGGUUUUAGCAAUUGGGAAUUGUGCUCUUAAAGGCCAAAUUCCAGUUUGGUUAUUGAGUUGCAGGAAGUUACAAGUACUUGAUUUGUCAUGGAAUCAAUUGGAUGGCAGCAUCCCUCCAUGGAUUGGUCAGAUGGAGAACUUGUUUUAUUUGGACUUUUCAAAUAACUCUCUCACUGGAGAAAUCCCGAAAAGUCUGACAGAGCUGAAAAGCUUCGUAUCUACGAAUUGCAGUCAUUCAAAUCUUAUUGCAUCUGCUGGCAUCCCGCUGUUUGUUAAACGAAAUAAGAGUGCUAGUGGCCUGCAAUACAACCAGGCCUCAAAUUUUCCUCCUUCAAUAUACUUGAGCAAUAACAGAAUAAACGGAACAAUUUGGCCUGAAAUCAGACGACUGAAGCAGCUCCAUGUUUUGGAUUGGAGCAGGAACAACAUUACUGGGACCAUCCCCAGCUCUAUCUCAGAGAUGGAGAACUUGGAAACAUUGGAUUUAUCAUUCAAUGAUCUGAAUGGUUCCAUCCCUCCGUCGCUUAGCAAGCUCACAUUCUUGUCUAAGUUUAGUGUGGCAAAUAAUCACUUGCAUGGGGUAAUUCCCAACGAAGGACAGUUCUUAAGCUUUCCGAGCUCAAGCUUUGAGGGUAAUGCUGGACUUUGUGGGGAAAUAUAUAUCCCAUGUGGUGAUGUCGGUAAUACAAGUCUCAAGCCUGUAAUGCCAUCCAGUUCAAACAACAGAUUUCGUCGGAACAGCAUCCUUUGUGUCACAAUCAGCAUAGUAGUUGGGAUUGCUUUGCUUCUUGCAGUUGGUCUACUUAAAAUGUCUAGGAGGGGAGUAAAGGAUCAAAAUGAUGAUUUUGAUGACGACCUCAGCAGGCCGCACAGGUUAUCCGGAGCACUAGCAUCUUCAAAAUUGGUGCUUUUUCAGAAUUCAGACUGUAAGGAGCUUACAGUAACAGACUUGUUAAAGUCUACAAACAAUUUCAACCAAGCAAACAUAAUUGGUUGUGGUGGUUAUGGUCUGGUUUACAAAGCCAACCUACCCAAUGGCACAAAAGCUGCAAUCAAAAGACUUUCCGGGGAAUGUGGACAGAUGGAACGUGAGUUUCAAGCUGAAGUGGAAGCCCUCUCAAGAGCUCAGCACAAGAACCUUGUUUCUCUUCAAGGUUAUUGUCGGCAUGGUAAUGACAGGUUGUUAAUUUACUCCUACAUGGAGAAUGGAAGUUUGGAUUAUUGGCUGCAUGAAAGUGUUGAUGGUGUUUCACUUCUGAAAUGGGAUGCAAGGCUUAAGAUAGCUCAAGGUGCAGCUCGUGGAUUAGCCUACUUGCAUAAGGGCUGUCAGCCAAAUAUAGUGCAUCGGGAUAUAAAAACGAGCAACAUUCUUCUGGAUGAAAAAUUUGAAGCUCACCUGGCUGAUUUUGGUCUUUCAAGGCUACUUCGUCCUUAUGACACUCAUGUUACGACAGAUUUGGUGGGGACUUUGGGUUAUAUUCCUCCUGAAUAUAGUCAGACAUUGACUGCAACCUGUAGGGGCGAUGUUUACAGCUUUGGUGUUGUUCUUCUUGAACUUCUUACUGGUAGGAGGCCUGUAGAAGUUUGCAGAGGGAAAAACUGCAGAGAUUUGGUAUCAUGGAUGUUUCAAAUGAAAUCUGAGAAGAGAGAGGAGGAGAUCAUAGACUCAUCAAUUUGGAAUAAGGAUCAUGAGAAGCAGCUUUUAGAAGUGCUUGGUGUGACCUGCAAAUGCCUAGAUCCCAAUCCAAGGCAGAGACCGUCUAUUGAAGAAGUUGUCUCGUGGCUCGAUGGUAUUGGAUUUGAGAGUGGGACACAAUGA